AUGCCAAGGGAACAACUUUUUCUUGAGUCGUUGUUGGGGACUUUGAAUGGGAAAGAUGAAGUUGCAUCAACUGCAGAAGCCUUUUUAGAGGCAAAUAGUGGAGUAGAGGUGUGCGAAAGGAUGCUGAAAAUGUGGAAUAGGGGAAGGGAUGGAGAUAUGGUUGAUACAUCUGCCGAGGACAUGCCAAGGGAACAACUUUUUCUUGAGUCGUUGUUGGGGACUUUGAAUGGGAAAGAUGAAGUUGCAUCAACUGCAGAAGCCUUUUUAGAGGCAAAUAGUGGAGUAGAGGUGUGUGAAAGGAUGCUGAAAAUGUGGAAUAGCUUGGGGCCAUCAACUCAGAAAGUUCUAGCACUCGCUGCUGAAGUCAAGACUCUGCAGAAAGAUAGGGAACAUUUAAGGAUCAACCUUCAUAGAGCUGAAGAUGAGGUAAAGGCGUUGUUUGAAGAAAACAGAAUACUAGAUGAUGAGAAUAAAAGGUUGAUGAGGCAACGUCACAGAGAAAAGUGCACCCCAGGUUCUGGUGGAAAACUUACCAGCAGUGCUUCUGCUAAGAGCAUCAAAAGAAAAUCUAGCCCCGGGAUGAGUAGCCCAAUUGAGAAGAAAAUCGAUUUCCGUGAUGGUGAUUCUCUAAGACAGCCUCUGUCACCUCUGCAACAUAACUCCCCUGAGUGUAGAAUGCACAAGAAUUCCCCGAGGAACUCUUAUCUGACAUGUGUUCUUGGCAUGGGAUUCCAUCCCACUGAAGUGUUUACGAGUGUAAAGGUGUUGUUUGAAGAAAACAGAAUACUAGAUGAUGAGAAUAAAAGGUUGAUGAGGCAACGUCACAGAGAAAAGCGCACCCCAGGUUCUGGUGGAAAACUUACCAGCAGUGCUUCUGCUAAGAGCAUCAAAAGAAAAUCUAGCCCUGGGAUGAGUAGCCCAAUUGAGAAGAAAAUCGAUUUCAGUGAUGGUGAUUCUCUAAGACAGCCUCUGUCACCUCUGCAACAUAACUCCCCUGAGUGUAGAAUGCACAAGAAGUAA